AUGAGCUUCACAUCUCCCACCGGACAGUUCAAGCCCUACCAGGCCUUCGGCUCUGGGUCUUCAUCGACAAAACCACCAGCUCAGUCUUUCUCAUCAAGAGUUGACUUUAGCGACCAAUCAUACGAUAUGCCUUACUUUGCAGGUUCUGGUGUUUCUGUAUCCAACCCUCAGACAAACUAUGCGAGCACUGCGCCGAAACAGCCUGUCGCCGACGCUCCGCGAGGCUUUACACUGAAGCAAUUAUCAGACGCCCCAAAGACAAAGAGCUUUGACAAGAAGGGACUCUCCAACAUUCCAAAUACUUCUCAACAAGCUCAGCCUUCGCAACCUCUCAAGGCCAAGAUAGAUUACACAGAAUUCCUUAAGAGCCUUGAGUUUCCCUCGAUCGCCGACAGCAAGAUUGGCCACGGCUCUGGAGAUCUUGGUAAAAGUCAAUGGUUGGUUCAAGAAGCUCUCUUCACCAAAUGGAGGACUUCCAACGGGCUGCUUUGGCUGAGAGGUUCAGAAGGGAGUGGAAAGUCAACCUUGAUGAAACAGGCUCUUGAGUCGUGCCAGGGGCCAAGUUCAAUUCACUUGACCUACUCUUUCUUUCCUUCAGGAGACGAGACCAGAACACGUCUAGGACUAUUCAAGUCCCUCCUACGCCAACUAGUCCCUCAGGCACCAGAGGCCUUCAAAGGCAUCAAGGACAGGUUUGAGAAGAUCCAGUCUUGCUUACCUCCCAAACAACAAGUAGCCUGGAACGCGCAAGAACUCUUGGAUGAACUAAUCAAAGUUCUUCCAAAGAUCCUCAGAACCCAUUCGGUCUCCAUCUAUGUCGAUGGUCUCAAUUACUCGGAAGGCGAAACGGCUCCCAAGCUUGUGCAAGACUUUUCCAAGUUGAUCGAAAAGUCUCAGAUUCCCACCAAGGAUCCCGCGACAACUCAUGGACUAAGAAUCAUCUUUUCCAGCACACCUUAUCCUAUGAAAGAUCCUUUUCCUAGAUUGUGUAUUCAAGUUGACGAAAAGAAUGGACCAAGUUUGAGAAGGUAUUUGGAAGCACAGCUCUCCAAUAUUGACCUCAAUACACAACGGUUGGUCUCAACUAAGGCCGGCUCUUCUUUCAUCUCGGCUCGUUUGAUCGUCAAUCACAUCAAGCUCUUCGGACCUGGGCAGUCAUCUCUUGUUCAACAGCCAUCGCCUACACCCGCGCCAAUCUCUUUCUUGCUCGGCGCUUACUUCCAGGACAUGGCACACCAGGGGAGCAAUGGUCUCCUUUCACUCUUUAAAUGGUGUUGCUUGUCAUCGGGGCCACUUAGUCUGCCUGAUCUUCGGGUCGUUUUGGCUCUCGAUGCCCUCCCUAAAUUUGGUUCCAUCAAGGAAUUGUCACAGAUGGAGUACUUUACUCGAUUUGGUUCUGAUGAGAGUUUUCAAUCCUGGAUCAAGACUACUUCUUGGGGUCUUCUUGAAGCUGUGACUGUGGGUGGUCAGAAAGUUGUGAAGCCUAUGCAUGACAGCGUGUCGGAUUUCUUUAUCUCGAAGGGGUUGGACAUCCUUUCUUACAAAGCUCAGGCUGCAGGCACCACAACCUCUCCUCUUCAGCAGGCUCAUCAUUCCAUCGCCACUUGCCUCCUGCGAUACCUCGCAAUCCUGUCCAAGGAACCAAGAUGGGAGUCGAUGACUCGCACAGACCCAACACUCCGACUCGCCGGAUACGCUGGGGCUAGCUGGUCUUAUCACAUCACUUCUGCAGGCUUGGGAAAACCAGAAGCCUCGAAGAUCCUGAAGAUUUUGGGUUGGCCAUCGGAUCAAACACUCAAUGUCUUGGUCAAGCUUGGCCUUGGCGGUCUCCAGGGGACACUCUGGACUCACCUAUUUGCCAUUUAUGGCCAUGCUCACUUACUUUCAGUCGCUACUAGAAAAGCUGGAAAUGAUGUCCUUGACGUCCAGGAUCGCCAAAAGAGGACGCCUUUACACCUGGCUGCUCUUCAUGGCCACUCAACUGUAUCAAAGCAACUUCUCAAGUCGGGAGCAAAGACAAAUGGCCAAGCAGUUAGCGGGGAUACAGCCCUUCACUUUGCGGUCCUUCAAGGUCACCAAAGUAUCAUGAAAUACCUGCUUGAGCGUGACCCGAAUUUGGUCUCUGUAGCAGAUGGUCAAUCGCACACGCCACUGUUUUCAGCCGUCUUUCGUGGAAGCUCGUCUGCAGUGAGGCUUUUGCUUGAUAAAAGAGCUGAUCUCAGGGCUCUUGACACAUAUGGCAACUCUGUCCUACAUCAUGCUGUGAAUACAGAAAAGUCCAGUGUCAUAAAGUUGCUUCUGGAUAGUGGCUCAGACGUCAAUCGACAGAAUGCACAGGGUCGUACCCCUCUACAUCUUGCCAUUGUUGGAGAUCAUUCUUCUGCUGUCAAGGCAUUACUUGAGAGAUAUUCUCGAACAGAUAUUGCAGAUAAUCUCGGCAGAAGAGCUCUCCACGAGGCGGUUUUGUCAGGGAACAAGGCUUGUACGCAACUUCUCUUGAAGCACAGAGUGGCUGUUGAUGCAAGGGAUAACGACGGCCAGACGGCGUUAGUAUAUGCUAUUCAAGGCCGCCACGGGAGCCUCUUGAAGCUUUUGCUCGAAGGAGGUAUUGAUAUCAAUGCCAUGGACAAGUAUGGUUUCACCAUGAUCAUGGUUGCUGUUAAAGCGUCUGACGAGAAACUCACCCGAAUCCUAUUGGAAAAGAAUCCGGAUCUUGAUCGACUAAGUCGUGAAGGACACACCGUCGCUUUCUAUGCCAUUUUCAGAGGGAAAGCAGUAUCUUUUCUGUCCAAAGAAGAACAAUCGAUCGCUUCGUUGCUCUUCAGACGCUAUCAGAAAAGGUAUAAGGUUUGGCAUCCUGAGUGGAAGGAGUGUCAACAAGAGUUCAUGGCCAAACAUGGGAAGAAGAAAGACGCAAGCAGUAAGAUGAAGAAUAAAGUCAAACCUUCCAAGGUUAAGAAUGCCCCCCUGACAUCAAACACCGAUGCUGCUUCAAAGCCUCCCAAGUCUCGAAGAUCCUCCAAGGUUCCGGCCAAUAUCGUCUCAAAGACACCCAGUAGUGUCCCUAAAGCCCGAGCUGAUGAACUUAAGAGACCUCAAGAGGCUCAAGGACCUCCUAAGCCUGCACCGCAGAAUGAAAUGACAGGAAAGCCCCAGAGCCAGGGUCAGAGCCAAAGUCGGCCUCAGGCGACGGCAAACACAUCCGCUCCUUUAGCCCCUAGCAACUCAGUGCCGAAGGUCUCUACGGGAGUGCAAGGAAACCAGAUGACUACCCUCAGUAGCUCUAUGGUAGCAUCAGUAAAGCCAGGGACGCAGCAAUCUAGACCACUUUCCUCCUUCGCGAGUUACCAACCUCCUCGGAUCCCCAGCGGGAGUGGAAGUGGAAGUGGAAGUGGAAGUGUUUCAGAUGCCAAAGCCAAGGAACAGUCUUCAAAGCUUCCCCAAGCUCCUUAUCAUGGUGGCCCCUCUUCUACUUCUGUUCCGGCGAAAGCGCCCAUGGUACAGAGAGGAAGUUGGGAUAUUUACAGUUCCCUAGCAUCAGGCUCUCCAGCACCUGCUCAGACCGUACAGUCUCAGAAGGCGUAUGUUCCAUAUCCUGGUACGCCCCAAACAAGCCCGGGAGCAAGUCCGGCUUCAGCCCAGUGCUUCCAAACGUUCCAACCAUUUUCAUCCGUCCAAGCCCAAAAGACUUCUUCACCCACAGCCCCAGUGCCUUCGAGUCAGUUUGAGAAGAGGUAUUCGGUACCCUCACUUAACUCUUGGGGGCAGCCUGGAAUUAGCGGUUCUGCCUCUGCCUCUCCAGCUAGCCAGAAUGCACCAGCACAAGCAUAUCAAGCAUUUGGAGCCACGUCCCAAAAGCCGAAUAUGACACAGCAACAGAUUAAUGCACCUUAUCAGAAGCCUGCAAAUCCAGUACCUGCAGCCAAACCUCAUAUGCCUCAGGUAAUACGCAAACCUGUCGGAGGAAAGCCUGCUAUGCAAGCAGCGGCUGAGAAGCCCACUCAACAAUCUUCGUUUCUUCCGUGGCAACAACCGCAAGCUCCAGCAGGAGCAAAGUCUCCUCCGGUACCAAUCCAGGCACAAGUUGGUACGACACAGUCCUGGCUGAGCAAGCCGCAUAUCCCUGCCGGCCCAGCACAGACUCCCACGAGCAAGUCACAAGCUCCAACAAGUACGACGCAGUCUAUGCCAGGGAAGAGUCCAGGUCCAAGUGGUGCAAGUGUUCCAGUGCCAUAUCUACCAAACAAGGCUCCAGCUUCUACUGGGACGUCACAGCCUGCACCUACCAAGGACCAAGUUCAUCCUGUGACAGUACAAGCUCCACCAGGAAAGCCUCCAGCUCAAGGUGGUAUGCCUCCAAGAAAACCUCAAGCGGCUCCUGGGGUAGUACAGCCCCAGAUGUCCAAGCCCCAAGGACAAGCUCAGGCUCAUCCGCCGAGUGGAAACACAGCCCCUGUACCACACAAGGCUCAAGCUCCUCCCGGAGAAACACAACCUCAAGUUGCCAAACCAGCAGCAGUACCACCCAAGUCUCAAACACCGACUGGAGCAGUACAACCCCAAACAGCCAAACCUCAGGCACAAAAUGUUAAAGCAGAGCCCCAAGCACACAAGGUGCAGGGUCCCCCAGGAACUUCGCAGACUCCAUCAGGAAAGUCUCAGGGUCAGGGAGGUUUACUUUCACAGAAACCUCAAGUAUUUACUUCAAAAGUUCAGAGUCAACCAACAAAGCCUUCAGUCCAAGGCGGUACAUCUGCACAGAAGCAGCCUGCAGUCCCGAAGCCUUCUGUCGCAGCCCCUGCAAAGCCUUCUGCUACCUCUACUCAGCCUCAAAAGGCAACGCCCGAUCAGAGAAAGCCUGUCCCAUCACAUACUGGACCAACCCCCGGAGGUGUCAAGUCUCCUACGAGCAUCCUAGUACAGGGGAGUUCUGGCCAGAAACCCAAUCAGUACAUCGACAAGAAUUCCACGAUAUCUCCAGUACCUCAUUAUAGUGAAGCCUUCUUCCGUGGACAAAACGGCGAACAGACGCAAACCUCAACUUUUACGUCAACCAGAGAAUUUACAAACAGCUACGACCCAAACACACAACAGACGGGUACGAGUAGUAUGUCCAGUGGCAAGAUGGCUGCAGCUGCCGGCGUUGGCGUUUUGGCUGGAGCUGGUGGUGGUUAUUUCCUGUCUUCCGAGAUUCGUGAAAAUUACUCUAAUCCAAGCAUCACCGAUGAUAGCAGCUACAUCCACAUGGAUGCAGGUAUGAGCCAGCAAUCUACAUAUGACUCUGAUCGGGAACUGGAAACACAUGUGGAGUUUUCAAAUCAUUCUGAAGAGUUUUCCGAGUCUGAAGACGAAGCCAACUCUACCAACGACAGUGGCUCUGAUGGCUUUUUGUCCGAUGAAGAGUAUGAGCUUUCAGACUCCGAGGUUUCUGGAGGGCAAGCUUCAUCCGAUGAUGAGACCUCGGAUUGGGGAGAGUCAGACGCAGAAUCGAUUCAUGAAGACUCGGACUCUGAUGAAAUUGAUAUGGAUAGCCCAUACAUGUCCGCCGAUUUUACAGAUAGUGAAGCUUCAGAAGCAGGCCAAGCUAGUGCUGGAGAAGUCUCCGAAUCUGACGAGGAAGAGUCUGUUAACAAUGAAUCCGAGGAUGAGCUCGACGAUUCGGUUCAGUCUAUGGGAUUUCAGCACCAGAGUUACGCCGACCAGCAGUAUCAACAUCAAGGGUACUUCAAUGAACAAUACCAACAACCCAUACCUGAAGAACCUGAGUCUGAGGAAGAUGUCCAGCCAAGUUUCCAAUCUCAGUAUCAGCAACAAGGUUAUUUCAAUGGUCAAUAUCAGCAACAGGUAGCUCAGCAAAGCGAGUCAGAAGAGGACGAACCACAAGCUUUUCACCAACAGUAUCAACAGCAAGGUUACUACAAUCAACACAAUCAAGUCGCUGAGCAGAUUGAAUCGGAAGAGGAUGAGCCACAGAAUUUCCAGACCCAGCAGCAACAACAGCAGCAGGGCUACUAUGGUGGGCAUCAGCAAAAUCAAGCGCCUGAACAAAGCGAGUCUGAAGAAGAGCCCUAUCAACAACAGUACCAGCAGCAGGCUUACCAUCGUGGGCAGCAUCAACAACAAGCAACUCAGCAACACGAUUCUGAAGAUGAAGGGCAACAAGUUGGGCACAGAUCUGGUAAUUACGACAGUGACCAAGAGGUUGAGAGUGAUCAAGACAUGAAUAAUGGCUAUAGCAGCGAUGAACAGGAUCAGCAGGCUACCAGUGGACAAUACAGUGGAGGAGGCUGGGGCAACAACUAUGAUUCUGAUUAUUAG